AGCCAAUCACGGCGAGCCACACCUGCAGCCAGCCCACACUGGCAGGAAUGUGACAUUACUGCGUCACGCAAGCCGAGGGAGGACUCCGCCACGACUACAAGAAGGAAGUUAGGGACUAUUAUUGUACAGGACUACAGAAGAUCCUGACGUGCCCAGGAUGGCGGCGGCCAAGACCAUAGUGAUCACCCUUCCGAGGCCCCUGAAGCCAGCCAGCCCUCAAGUGGUGCCUCUGCUGGCGACGGGGGACAUCCUGAGGGUGGUGAAGGACGAGCCCGAGGAUGGCGGCAGGACGGGAGACCCAGACAAACCUCCAAGAAAGAGGCAGAGGCUCGACCAUCUCUCGCAGGAGGAAAAGAUCAUGAGAAGAAAACUGAAGAACAGAGUUGCUGCACAGACUGCUCGUGAUAGAAAGAAGCUUCGAAUGGACCAACUGGAGUCGCAGUUAUCGGACUUGACAGAACACAUAUCAGAACUAACAAAUUUGGCUUCGAUUCUUUCAAGUAAAAAUGAAGAGCUAAUGGAACAAAAUGCAGCUCUACAAGAAAAGCUAGCUCAGUGCACUUGCUCAGGAAAGGCUGAAACCCCAGAGAAGUCACAGAGCAUGGCCACUAAGAGUGAACCCCAGAGUAUCAGAGUGGAGGGAGUCAUGGUCCCUGUCACUGUGCCGUCUGAUGGAUCCGCAGUAUCCUUACCCCAGCAGAGGGCAGUCGGCACUCUGGCAGUCCUCAGGAUCAUGGCCCUCUCUACACUAUGCUCCCAGUGGGCAACACAAGCUGCCAUGGCUCUAGUGAUGAACUGUACUCCACAUCCACAGCUAGAAAACCACACACCAGUCGAAGUCAGGUACCCAGAAUACCCACUACCAGUGAAGAAGCGCCCAACCUGCGGCAAGUGGUGGGGACCACAACAACAGUCGUGGAACCCAGCUGGGACGUAGACCAUGACUAUAGUAGUAGAGGUCAUCACACAAAACAGGAUCCAAAUGAUAGACUUACGCCUGCUGAAGAAGAUUUCAUCUCUCAACUGACCAGUGCUUUGGAUGAAGUGCCUAAUUCAAGUGUUAAGUGUACGUCACCUGAAAAUGCUGCUGAGUCCCAAGCAACAAAAGAUGUAUCCACCCCUGACAUUGUCAAAGAUUUCUUUGACUUUGGAAUGGAUUCUAGUAUCUUUCAAGAAGUAAGUUCACCUGUAAUAAGCACAAAAAGUUCAGAGAGCCCUAAAGAAAGCCCCAGAGUACAGUCACCAAUCAGCAAAGAACAGAUUCUAGACUACCUUCAAGACCAAGUUAUCAGCACUAGUCCACAGUCUUUGUUUGAAUCAGAGUCAGGUUAUGAGUCAAGUUCACCAAAAUAUUUUGCCUCAGAUGAUGAGCAAAAUAUUGAUUUUGAUAUGGACUCAUUUUCAGAGUUGUUUCCAGCUUUGUUCUAGUGUUCAUUCAGGUGUUUAAAUUCUCAUCCAAAGAAAAUUUAAUAAAUAAAGGUAUGUAAAAAUGUAGGCAUAGGAAAUUAAUUAACUGCAAAAACACAUAUAUAAUUUUAUAAAAUGUAGGUGUAAGAAAUCAUUUUUUGUUUGUGUGAUGAUAAUAAACUACAAAUAUAUAAAAAAAAUAAG